AUGUCCUCCUCUUAUUUGUACGUUGACACACCGAACGCGAACCUGGUGUGUUGUAUCUGCAGAUCACCAUUCGUGGACCCAUGCACGACUCGCACAUGUUGCCAUACAUUCUGCUACAAGUGCAUUUCUAUGGCAGUUGAUGUUGCGCGACAGUGCCCGAUCGACCGCUCCCCCCUCUCCAUGCACGACCUGGCACCUGCAGACCCGGUCGUGCGAAAUCUGGUGGAUGAGCUGGUGGUCGAAUGUCCGCAACACAGCAAAGGCUGCCCACAUACCUGCCAGAGACUGCUCCUCACCGCGCACCUCAAGGAUUCGUGUGGGUUCGUCGAAGUACCUUGUCCUGAUGGCAAGUGCGAACAGCAGAUAUUGCGAAAUGACGUCCCCAACCAUAAGCAUGCUGGUGAGUCGUCGACAGGAGCAGAGUCCCAUCCCGAGUCUUCUCUCACAACCCCGGAGAUAGAAACACGAUCAACCUCUCCACGACCUGUGUCCGCACCUACCGCGGACGUUCUUGCUGCUGAGAACGCGCUACUUCGUAUGCGUCUCUCGGCGCUCGAAGGCAUUGUCAGCGCCAUGCGCCUAGAGAUGCAUGCGGUCCAGCGCGCGCUUGGUCCCUGGUAUAGGCCACACGAUACUCGUACUCGUACGCCACCGUUGGAGUUGGAGUUAGACGCUCGCUCUGCAUCGGAAGUCUCUCACAGACCAGUCGCCUUCGAAGCCGUACCUCCCCAACAGACACAGGUCCCACGUCCUAAUCCCUCUGGGAAUGCAGCACAGCCGUCGGACUCAGCGCACGGGCCAGCUGCUCAUCCUGUCUCGAACGUUAGCGCGGUCCCUGCAACCGCUGCGGCGGAAUCUGCGGGUAUCAAUAUCGCGUCCUACUUCCCUCCCGCAGAAGAUGACAGUACUGACGUCUACGCGACCGCAGAAGCACGCGCUCCCUGGCACACCCCAUACCACACCCAGGCCCCAGCCGCCAUAACCCCGGCCCGGCGGUCAUCGCCACACCCACCCCAAGCGUCAAACGCGCAAGCAGGGCCCUCCAGCGCCUUUCUCUCUCCGAUGCCAGGGUACCUGCUUCCCUAUCCACCCUUCAGCAGCUCUGCAUACCCAUCCCCCUCCUACGCGCUCCCGCCGCCCACGCUCUCCCCGCCGGACAUCAACGUCCCCCCACUCGACCCCGCUACGCCCCUUCCGGAAACGCUCGCUGCGCUGCACUCCACGCUGAGCACUCUCGCUGGUUCAGUCGGCGCACUGGCUUCCGCGCGCGCGUCGGAGGCGCUGCACACGGGCGAGGAGCUGCGCGGAAUGCGCGCGGCGAUGCACGGGCUGCGGAUGCAGCUGCACGACGUCUUGACGGCCCUCUCCAUGCGGGACGGUUCUUCGAUCAAUAGUGGGGGUGUAGGCAACGAAGCCAGCGGCGCGGGCGUUCCGUACGGCGUUCCUGCGGGCAUGCCGCCGUGGAUGGCGUACCCCCCGCGUGCGUUGGGCGCGUACAUGUCGAUGCACCCUAAGCCGCCCAUGCCACCGUCGACCACGAAGCUGUAG